AUGUUCCAGUCCUUGAAGGACAGUUUAUUUCAUAAAGUGGACCACUCUACUUUCAUCAGUAUUGCUACUAUUUGCGAGGAACACCAGCGUUAUGUUAAGCAGCAUUAUAAGGACCGUUUACAGAAGAAGUUUUCUUGGUUGUUGGAGAAAUACUACCCUCCUACUCCUCCUCCUCCUCCAUCCACUACUCAACCUGCUGACGAUAGAGUCACUACUCUCAACAUCGACAGUGUCUCCGAGCAGCAGAAGUCAGUUUUAGCUCUCGGACCUAACUUCGCCGUGUCUCCGCGAAUUGACCAGUCAUUCAAGGAUAAAGUUGCCGUUGAUAUCGCUCAGUGUGUGUUUAAGAUCAGACACAAACACGCUAUCACUCAACGUGCCAACUCAGACACUAGUGCGGAAGUUAGUGCCCCGAUUGAGCCCACCGAGGAGUCGAGUUCCAGCAAAGUGAGGAGAUUGUGUCCCUUUCCCUCACCAUUCACCAGUACACCUGACCCCACUCACCCGGUUUUAGAGGACAAGCUGGCACAGUUUAACCGCUUUGUACAGGACCUCGUGACUAACACCAACCCACAGGAUAACCUCACUCGUUUUCAGAAAGAUGGUUUACGCUCCCUUCUGACAGACAGGACGUUACACGUGUCGGUAUCAGACAAGUGCGGUGAGUUUGUGGUGACAACUAAGGACACACAUCGGCAUCUAACAGAGAAUCACCUCCAGGAGACAGCUGUGUACCAGCGUGUGCUUCCCACGAGAAAAAUCAACGGUAAAACUGUCUCAGUAGCGGAACCCACCUCUCAACAGCUCACACAGCUCAUCAAGAAGAAGACGGAGAACCUGGUGAAGGAGUCGAAUAACCUGUGGAAGAAGAUCUCAUCACAGCGGAACCUUGACGACGACUACAAGCGACGGAUCAGAGUUCCUGACCAUGUCAGCCUCCCAGUCAUGUACGUCCAAAUCAAGACCCACAAGAACCCUCCGGAGAGCUUCCGCUCGACGAUCCCUCUUGAGCAGGUUAAGGUUAGACCCAUCAUCAGCUGCGUGGACUCACCUACAGAGAGACUCAGUUGGCUAGUGACGACCAUUCUUAAACCUCUCCUUAAUGAGGUGCCUAGUCACCUGAGUAAUUUAAUCCAGCACAUAGAGAUGCUCCGCCAGAUCUCUCAGGAACAGCUUGCCAGGAGAAAGUUCUUUGCCGCGGAUAUUUCAGCUUUAUACACUAACAUAAACGUACAGGGCUGUAUAGACGAUGUCAUUGAGCUAGCUACAGAGCACCGAGACAGUUUGGACCUGAUGGGACUCAGCCUGACAGACAUUCAUGAGAUCCUACUACACAUCCUUACCAACUCUUUCUUUGUGUAUAACAGGACUCUCUGGCUACAGCAGGAUGGUCUGUUCAUGGGUUUGAGGCCAGGGCCCUUCUGUGCCAUCAUUAGAGUGUACAAGUUCGAGAAGAACUCUAUCUACACCGAUCGACACUACCUAUCGGUAUACUUAUCGAACUUCUACAAACGCUACAUAGAUGAUGCUGCCAGUACUGCAGAGACGAAAGAAGAAGCCCUUGCUCUGGUUCAACAGAUUGCAGACCAAGAUCCGGACAAAAAGUUGAAGUGGGAGGUCGACUUUCCAGAACAACAGGACGAUUUUAUCCCCUUCCUGAACACUGAGGUCCGGAUCGAGCCAAACGGUGAAUUAACCAGCAGAUUGUACCGCAAGCCGCAACAAAAGGAUAUUACCCUGCACAACAACUCUUGCCAUCCUGAGUCUGUUAAGAUUAAUACAGUGAAGAACCUAUAUAGCGAGGCUUGCCGUAUCUCAUCUGGCCCAGCGGAAAAGGAGCACUCUCUCAGACUCCUUGAUGAUCUAUUACAGAAAAACGGUUACCAGAACCCAAGACGACGGCUGAGAACAGUUCUGUUGAGAAACAGUCUAGAGAGAAAGAAGUAUCAGCUGUUGUCAUCUCAGAUAGAGAGAGACAAGGAGAUGGUUAGAAAGAUUGAGAGAGACAAGGAGAUGGUUAGAAAGGUCACUACUCACUUCUCACUACUGACUUACUUGACUUGA